AUUAGGUGCUUGGUAGUAUUUUUUAAAAUUUUUUAAUAAUUUUCUUUUUAAAUUAGUGAAAUCAAACAAUUUACGUAUAAUAAAUAAUAUAUUAGUUAAAUUUUAUAUAUUUUUGGAUUUUUAUCAUAAAGUUUAAUUUGAUCUGCAGUUGAAGUUGUACAGAAAACAUUAAAAGAUUACUUGUACAUUUUUUUUUUUUUACACAUUAAUCGAAAGACGUGUUUUAAUUGAAAUUUACAAACAAUUAAAAUGAAUAAGAAUGAAGAAGGGAUCGAGCUGAGCAAAACGCAUUACGAUGCAAUCAAACUGUUAGAAGGCGCUUUGCAAAAAAUGGACGGCAUUAUACUAUCAGAGCCUAAUACCAAUUCCCAGUUUUCUUGCAACUCAGACUUGCAAAUUGUGUUGAAUAAUGUGCUCGAACACCAAAAAAAUGAAGAUGAUUGUAGUCAUUUGGAAUCCUUUAAAUUACAAGUUUCUAUGUUAAACGACCAAGUUGAUAUACUCUUGCGGAAACUGAAUCAUCUUGAAAAAUAUCUAGCGCAACAAACCGAAUUAAGAAAACAAGCUGAAAAUAGGCUUCAUAAUGAAAUAGAAGCAAAAUCCAGACUAGAAAUUGACAAACUUGAAGCAAUGGCUUUGUUGACUAAUUUAAAAUUAGCUAAUGUAAGACUUACAAAAGAAAACAUGAAUUUAAAACAAAUGCUUGUUCAAAACCAAAAUACAACGAAUUAUUUAAAUACAAACUCUCAGUUUCAACGUUCGAAAAGUCAUGGCCCACGUUUCUAUAGUAGUUUACCACGGCAUAUUUUAUCAAAAAAGAAAAAUGAUUCAAAAAAUAAUAAUGACCAACCUAAUAUUUUAGCUUUAAACGAUAUUACUGAAUCGUGUACGAAUUUACUUGGCAAUGUAUCACAAUUUGACAAAUUUUCUUCUGCUCCAAAUUUAAUCGAUGUAGAAAUCAAAGGACGAAAAGAACGAGUCUUACAAAACAACAAUCACAGCCACCUUUCUACUACUAACAAUUCACUCCUCCAAAAUUCAAUUUUGCCGUUUGAACAGUGGGAUCAAAAAAAUGUGUUUGAAUGGUUUACAAGUUUGGGUCUUGAUUAUUUAGUGAAGCAAUCAAAGUCUUGGCCUAUGUCGGGAAGUGAUUUGAUUAGUGCAUCGAUUAAUAAAAUUGAUGAGAAAUUCAACUUCAAACACUGGUUACAUCGUAAAAAAUUAAUAAUCGAAAUCCAAUGCGAAAGAAACAAAGAUAGUAUUUUUUUGGAUGAUAAAUAUUUACCCAAAGCUAGAUAUUUGAAUACAGCAUGGGUUUUGCAUUGGUUGGAUGAUAUUGGAUUACCUCAGUAUAAAGAACCAUUUUCUCAAGCAGCUAUCAAUGGUGCAGUCUUGCAUAGAUUAACUAAAGAUGACUUUUUCAUGAUGCAAAAUGUUAAUUCGGAAUUACAUUUUUCAAGUCUUCGUUGUGGAAUCAAAGUGUUGAGAGAUAAUCACUUUGAUGCCGAAUGCUUAACUCGACGUUCUAAUUCCAACAAGAGUGAAGAGGAUUCUGAUUUGUCUUUGUGGACCACACACAGAGUAAUGGAAUGGCUGUGUUAUGUUAAUUUGGCUGAAUACGCAUCGAAUUUAAGGGGUUCUGGUGUACAUGGAGGUUUAAUUGUUCAUGACGACAGAUUCACCUCAGAUUUGCUGGCUGACAUAUUAUUCAUUCAACAAAAUAAAACUUUACUACGCCGACACUUGAACAUACAAUUCAGUCAGCUGUUAGGAAAAGAAUUGAACACAAAAAAGAGAGAUGCCCAAUGUCAGUCAAAGUUUAAGCCGUUGACAAUGUCUUCCAAAGUUAAAAUACAAAAAAAAUCUCAGUUUUCAUUGAAGCGAAAGAAGAAUAAUAAUGAAUUUUUUAUUGGUGAUUUAAUGUGUCCUUUGAGUGAUGAACAAAAAUAAUUAUUGUUUGCCUGUAACAUUAGUUGCGUUUUGAAACAGAGUAAUAUAAAUGUAUAGUUAUUUGUUUGACCUCCUUCGGUGUUGUUAUUAAUUGUAUAGACAUUAUUAAUAAACCGAUUAGUACAAAUUAUCUGUAUCAACAAAAUACUAAGUUAAUGUUACUAAAUACAUAAAAAAUACUAGUAUAUUUUAAUUAUAGUUUACUUAAAUGAUUUAUGGUUUAUUUAUUAGAUUAAUAAUGGGUGCUUCAUAAUUUUUUUACUCGACUAUAAUAAAAAUAUAGUAGGUAUCUGCCCAAUUAUUUUAUGUCAACAAGUUAAUAAUAUUGAGUAUGCAAGGAAAAUAAUGUUUUCCCCUUUACAUUCAAUGCAGAAUUUUGAAGUUUAUUUAUUAUUAAUAUCUUAUAUGUCACUAAUAACGCCAAAUAUAUUGUAGUACCUAGUUAAUUAUUGUUUUGAUUGCUUUUUAUUUCAUUUUGCAUUUAUAUUCGCAUAGGCAAUUUAAGCCAAUAAUUAAAUUUAGUAAUUUAAUAAGUUUUAUUAUUUUUGAAAUGAUAUACUAGUAAUAAAUAACUAGUAACGAUUAAUGAUGUGCCGCUUUAAGUUAUUGUUAACCUUCUAUUGUAACAAAUAUUUAUAACUGAAUAAAAGAAUUUCUGGCAGCCAAUUGUAUAGAUCAAAUAGUGCUCUAAAAUAUAUAUAUAUAUAUAUAUAAUUAUUGCAAGAAGAUGUUAUAUACGAUUUUACUUAAUUUGAAUGGCACCCAAAUUUCUA